AAAAUAAAAUAAAAUAAAAAACAACGCAUAUAUUUUUCUUCGCAUAUCAUUGAUUUCUAUUCGCCUAUACACUUGACGUGAAACGAACCAAACAUAAAAACUGAUAGACGAUAAUAAUAAAAAAAAAUAAAACAAAAAAAAAAAAAAAAGAAUAAAAAGAAAGUGAAAGAAGAUAAAAAAAAAUAGAAGAGUUUCGCAUUAUCGAAGGUGUUCAAUGUUGUUAGCUAGUAAUACAAGUUAUGACUAUUCUACGAAUUUUUUCGAAAUAAUUUCGAUCUAGACAUUUUCAAAUAGGAAAAUCGCUUGAAUAGGAUAGAGAAGUUAGAGAGAGAGAGAGAGAGAAAAAAAGUGAUCCAGGACAGGUCGGUGCGUAUGAGGUCGUUAGUAGAGUUUCCAGCGGUGCAUAUCAAUGAGGUCUAUGAAAGGGGAGCGAAAAUCUCAUGGGAAUAACGACACCCGUUAUACGAAGGAACGAAAGAAGAAAAAUUCAAGCCGAAGGAUCGAAGGGUAGUGGACUCAGCUUAUGCGAAUGUAUUCGUGCGUAGAGAGUCGAACCUCUACCCAGUCUUCCAGUUCCGGACUUGGAAACAACCAUGCAAAAAUAUCUAGCACAAGUUGAAGUAAUAACACCGAAUCAUUUGGAGAAGACACGAAAUUUGGUUAGAGGAUUUUUAUCUGGAUCUGGACCAAAAUUGCAACAAUAUCUUUUGGAACGUAGACACAAGAUAAAUAAUUGGGCUACCGAUUGGUGGUUGUACGACAUGUAUCUAUCUGUUCCUUUGGCAUUACCGAUCAAUAGUAAUCCAGGCAUAGUAUUAGAAGGAAAACAAUUUACUAAUCAGCAGGAUGCAGCAAUAUUUCUUGGAAGAUUUAUAAUGGAACUCCUUAAUUAUCAGGAACUGCUGGACAGAUCCGAAUUAGAAAUCGAACGGGUUAAAUCGAAGGACGGAAAGACAAUGCAACCUUUAUGUAUGGCUCAGCACUAUCAAAUGUUUCGAAUAUAUCGACGACCUGGUAUCAACGUUGAUGAACAAAUCAUUUUUGACAGAGCUACUUCCGGUGAUCAUAUUAUAGUUGUACAUCAUAAUCAGUUUUAUAGUGUUCCUGUUAGAGCGUCGGAUCGAGGACGAAUCACUGAAAGCGAAUUGAUACAACAGAUUUUAAAAAUCAUGGAAACAAAGGCUAAUCCUGUAACACCUCCUAUUGGUAUCCUAACGACUGCCAAAAGACCAGUCUGGGCAAAAGCAAGAGAAGAAUUGAUGAAAAAUGAACGUAAUCGUCACAACAUAGAAUUAUUAGAAAGAUGUUUAUGUAUCGUUUGCAUCGAUGAUGACGUCUUACCAGCAACAUUCAAUAAUCCGUAUAGAACGAAUGAUAGAUGGAUAGGUGAACGUGAUUUAGCAAAUGUACUUCAUCACAUUCUUCAUGGUGGUGGAUCUCGACAUUUGGCUGCUAAUCGUUGGUUCGAUCAAACUGUCCAAUUGAUACUCGGCAAAGACGGUCUAUGGGGUGUCUGUUACGAACAUUCAGCGGGCGAGGCUCCAGCAAUUUUAAAUGCCAUCGAGGAAAUAACAAAAAAGAUUGAAUCCAUGGCACCGAUCGAAGAAAAUUUAGUACCGUCUCAUCUUCCAGCACCGGAAAAACUCGAAUGGAAUCUAUCAGAAGUCAGUUUGAAUAAUAUCAGAGAAGCUUCGAGUAAUUUUGACGCACUCGUCGAAGAUUUAGAUUUAUGCGUUUUAAAUUUCUCGGAUUAUUCGAAGGAAUUUGUAAAAUCAUGCAAAAUAAGUCCGGACGUUUACAUACAACUGGCAUUACAAUUAACAUAUUUCAGACUGCAUGGAAAAUUAGUAGCUACGUAUGAAAGUGCUGGUAUUCGUCGAUUUGCACUUGGAAGAGUGGACGUUAUAAGAGCAGCAAGUCCAGAGGCCUUAGCUUGGGCGAAGGCUAUGUGUCAAGGCGAUCCUGAAAGUCAAUCAACUAAUCAACUUAACAACAUUCAAGACGAAGGCUCUAAAAGAGUUCAGUUCACCAUUUACAGUGCGGAUAGAAUCAAGGAAUUGUUCGACUUGGCAGUACAAAGACAAACUAAGGAAAUGAAUGAUAAUAUAACAGGACGAGGAAUCGACAACCAUAUGAUGGGGCUACGUUAUGUUGCGAAGGAGGCCGGAGAACCGAUCCCGGACAUCUUCACGGACGAGGCUUACAAGAUCGUUAAUCACUUCGCUCUCUCGACUUCGCAGGUUACCACAAAGACACACGCUUUUGUUGGAUAUGGUCCAGUAGUUCCAGACGGUUAUGGAUGCUGUUACAACAUGCAAAAGAACAAAUUUAUCUUCCAAAUUUCGGCCUUUCACAGUGACGGUCAAACAAACUCGUUACGUUUCGCUCAGACCCUCGAACAAGCAUUAAGAGAUAUGGCGACUAUGUUAAAGAAUUCUAAUAAGAGAUAAACACAUGUUUAUUAGGGGAAAAAACAAAAACAAAAACAAAAGAAAAGUUCGCCUAAAAUGCGAAGCAAAACAGACAGGCAGACAGUGAGAAAGACAGAGAGAAAGAGAGAGAGAGAGAGAGAGAGAGAGAGAAAACAACGAAAUGUUAUUAGAUCAUUGAUGACCUUGUGAAACGAUGAAAGUAUUUAUUAUCUAUUGCAAAAUAAAAAGGAAAGGAAAAGAUAUGGAAAAAAAAAAAAUAAAUAAAUAUAUAAGAAAGUACGUGAGAGUGAUAAUGAAAUAGAUACAAUAAAUACAUGGUAUGAUUAAAAAGUUCCUAGAUAAUUCUAAAAAUCAAUUAUUCUUAUCCGAGAUCUUUCUUCGAGGCUAAAACUUUUAUGUUUCAAUACUUAUUACUUGCCUAAUCAUGAGCCUAAAAAAAGGUCACAAAAAAUGGUAAUUGAUUUUUAUAAUUACCUUGGAACUUUUGAUCAUUCGAAUAUGAAUACAUACAUACAUACAUACAUAUAAUACAUACAUAAAUACGUACAAACAUACUACAUAAAUCUUAUUAUACGUAACUUAGCUAAAAUGAUAUAAUAUAAUAUUAUAAAACUCAAUGCUCUCGCACAAUUGUUAGUUUUAUCUGAAUGGUUUAUUAUAUUAUAUAAUCUUUAAAAAGUAUAAUGAAAGGAAAAAAGAAAGAAAAAGAAAAGAAAGAAACAAAGAAAGAAAGAAAGUAAAAUCUCAUCGAAUGCUGUCGUAGAUUUUAAGGUACAUAACACACACAUAUAUAUAUAUAUAUACAUAUAUAUAUCUACACACCCACAUACACACAUACAUACAUAUACAUACAUAUAUAUUUCUCCGAUAUUACGGCACUAUUAAUACCUCGUUAUCUGUCUUUUCUUUUAAAAAAAAGAAGAAGAUGAAGGAAAAAAAAAGAAGAGAAGAGAGAAAAAGGACACAAAAAAAGUAACUAACUAAUUGAACUAAAUUAAUCUAAUCUAAACUAAACUAAACUAAAUCGAUUAAACAAAAAGAGACGAAUGUUCGCAUUGAAAAACACUUAUCUUCUAUACGGCGACUCGCGGGUAAGAAUAGAAAAGAAAAGAAGAGAAAGUGGAGAAAAAAAAGAAAAUUAAAUAAAUAAAAAUAAAAAAAGGUGUUAAAAAAAAAAAAAAAAAAGAAAAAAAAAAGAAAAAGAAAAUAGAAGAGGGUAGCCGUUUGCGUGUAGUAGGCAAUAUAGAAUUCGGUCGGUCGUAAAACUUUUAGCUCAUCACUUCCUAAAAAUGUGCCAUUCGCGCGGGCGCUGGUUUGUUAAUGGUUUUAUUUAUAAAAAAAAAAAAAAAUCAUAAUAUAUAUAUGUAUAUAUAUAUAUAUAUAUAUAUAUAUAUAUAUACAUAUGUGUAUGUGUGUGUGUGUGUGUGUGUAUGUUACAAGAAAUCUAAAUUGAUUUUUUUUAUUUCAUAUAUUAUAUAUAUAUAUAUAUAUAUAUAUAUAUAUAUAUAUAUAUACAUAGAUUUUUUUUUUAUACAGCGUUUGAAUCAUUCGUUACUUAUCCUUAUCUUCUUGUUAUUGUUAUUAACUAUAUUGUUAUUGUUGUUAAUUAUUGUUAUAAAUAUGAACAUUAUUAUGUCGAGGAAUAUUUUGAAAGAAAAAAAUUCCUUUUGAAAGAAAAUACGUAAUGGAUCGUAAAUAUUCGUAAAGUGAGCCAAAAA